UUCUUUCAAAAUAAAUGAAAUAUUCCAAAACUGAAGAAACAAUAAUACAACAUGUAACGUUAGAAGAAAUUCUAGAACAGGGGCUGGCAUAUGGACGACAUGAUUCUGUUGGACAUAACGACUGCCAGCCCCUUCUUGGGCCGGUCUCAGACCCAAAUCCGAAGAGUUUAGACCCUCUCACCAUGCAGACGGACACAAGCAGACAACAAGAUCGACAAGUGCCUGAGAGUCAAGAGAUGUCUUCAUCCACUCCCCCCGAGCCAGAACCCUCCUCACCCCAAAGGGAAAAAGACCAGCAUCAGGAAGAUCGUCCCAGUGCCACUGAUUCUAAUUCAAUGACGUCAACAACAGCAAAUAAACAAAUUGUGUCGACUGCAAAUCUUAUACCAAUCACCAUGGAUAAUGAAGCUAUAAAAGUUUCUGACAAAAAGUCAAGUAUUAAUCGAGAAAUGAAACGUAACUUAGGUAUAGAAGAAACAUCGGCCAUGCCACCUUCCUUAAAAAGACGUCUUAAGGAUCAGGAUAAUCAAUAUGCUGCAGAAAUGAAAGGUGGUGAAAUUCAGAUGUUCGAUGAGGUUCAACGAAGCGAUGUCGCAACACACACGGAGAGCAUCUUAUGUGAACAUAUAGAUGAAACUUUGCAGAGACGUCCAACUGAAGUUAAAAACAAUGAUUUAAACACCCAUUAUAGUCCAUGUUCGAUGAGAGAAGGUGAUAUUGAUCCCACUGACCUAAAUCCAAUCGACCAGUUUGAUGUAAAUGUUUCUGUUGGACACGACGACUGCCAGCCCCUGCAUGGGCUGGUCUCAUACCCAAAUCUGACGGACAGAAGCACACAACAAGAUCCACAAGUGCCUGAGAGUCAAGAGAUGUCUUCAUCCACUCCCACCGAGCCAGAACCAUCCUCACCCCAAAGGGAAAAAGACCAGCAUCAGGAAGAUCGUCCCGGUGCCAUUCAUUCUAAUUCAGGGACAUCAACAACAGCAAAUAAACAAAAUAUGUCGACUGCAAAUCUUAUACCAAUCACCAUGGAUAAUGAAGCUAUAAAAGUUUCUGACAAAAAGUCAAGUAUUAAUCGAGAAAUGAAACGUAACUUAGGUAUAGAAGAAACAUCAGCCAUGCCACCUUCCUUAAAAAGACGUCUUAAGGAUCAGGAUAAUCAAUAUGCUGCAGAAAUGAAAGGUGGUGAAAUUCAGAUGUUCGAUGAGGUUCAACGAAGCGAUGUCGCAACACACACAGAGAGCAUCUUAUGUGAACAUAUAGAUGAAACUUUGCAGAGACGUCCAACUGAAGUUAAAAACAAUGAUUUAAACACCCAUUAUAGUCCAUGUUCGAUGAGAGAAGGUGAUAUUGAUCCCACUGACCUAAAUCCAAUCGACCAGUUUGAUGUAAAUGUUUCUGUUGGACACGACGACUGCCAGCCCCUGCAUGGGCUGGUCUCAUACCCAAAUCUGACGGACAGAAGCACACAACAAGAUCCACAAGUGCCUGAGAGUGAAGAGAUGUCUUCAUCCACUCCCACCGAGCCAGAACCCUCCUCACCCCAAAGGGAAGAAGACCAGCUUCAGGAACAUCCUCCCUGUGCCACUGAUUCUAAUUCAAUGACGUCAACAACAGCAAAUAAACAAAAUAUGUCGACUGCAAAUCUUAUACCAAAUUACAGCAUGAAUAAUUGGAGACAGAGUUCCCUUAAACCAAAAUAUAGUAAGCGUUACAUGGAUAAUUCUGAGCAACAAACAAAUGUUUCUGACAAAAAGCAACUGUCUCCAACAGAAAUCAUGACAUUUUUAACAACGUGGUGCGGUAGACCUUUGCCAAAACACCAUCUUAAAGACCAUCAUCAGGAAGAUCGUAUACCAAGGGCCAUGAAUAAUUAUAAGAAACUAAUACAAAUUUCUGACAAAAACUUACUUUUUAAUCAUGUAAUGACACUUAAUUCAGAAAUAGAAGAAGGAUGCAGUAUUUAUAAGGCCAUGCCACCUUUCUUAAAACUCCCUCUUAUGGAUCAGGAUAAUCAAUAUGCAUUUGGUGCUAUAGAAAUGAAAAGUGGUGAAAUUCAGAUGUUCAAUGUGAUACAACGAAGCGAUGUCACAACACACACAGAGAGAGUCUUAUGCACAAAUAUAGAUGAAACUUUGCAGUUAUGUGGAAUUGAAGUUAAAAACAUUUAUAUGUUCACCCUUAAUAGUCCAUGUUUGAUGAGAGAACAUAAGAUAGAUAAGAAAGAUAAAGAUAAGAAAGAUAAAGAUAAGAAAGAUAAAAAUCCCUGUAUGUUACAUCUUGUAGAGAAAGCCCGUCAAUGGCACAGUGAAUUUGGCAUUAACACUAUAGUGUUCUUCAAAAAGCCUUGGGGACUAAAUGGACCAGAUAUCUUUAAAGAUCUCCUGUAUUCUGAGGUCUCAUGUACCAGCAGUGCUUUUCAUCUAUAUGUUGACUUGUGCAAGGAACAUCGCUUUACACUGGACAACAAAUUCAGACAAGAUAAUAAGGCUAUAUUCCGUCUUAUCGGAAAGGUUAAAAGAAAAGAAAAACUCAAGAAAACUAUUGAAUCUAUUCUCAGUAAACUUCAGGAUAAGGCGGAAAAAAGGCGGAAAAAAAGUCAGCAUUUGGAGAAUGGAAGGGAAUACAUCAAGUCACUCACAUUUCCCCCAGAGGUCCAUGAUGAAAUCAUUGACAUUUUGACAAAUAAUUGGGAUCAAAUGGUUAACGAUAGUUCAAUGUCUCUCAUUAUUCAAAAAAUAACAUCAUAUUUCAACAUUGCAGUCGUUAAACUCUUUGUCAGAGAUCUUAGGUUAGAUCUGGGUAACAGUGGCUUCUUUCAGAUUUAUCAGGUCCCGCCGGGCCCUGAGGUGGAGGAGUGAGAUUAUGUUCAAUUGAUUAAAACUUCAUUUUGAUCACAAUUUAUUAUGUGAUACAAAAUGUAUUUUUAUUGUCAUUACUAUAUUUUGAAAUAUGUAAAGAAAUAUGUAUUUGAAUUUAACAAAACAUUUACCUUAACCUUUUGUAGUUAAACAAAGGUAUUGGUUUUUUUUUUAAACACUAAAUGGCAUUCAUUUUUUUAAUAAUAAUAUAAUAACGUUGGGUUCCAAUUGUAAUUAGUGCUCUAAUUAUUUUUGAACUCAAGUGUUUGUCUGGAUGUUUGUUGUCUGCAUCUGUCCUGAGCUCUUAAAUAAAAUAAAUAAUAAAAACUCACAUUGAAACUG